CAACGAUCCUUAUCUUACUCGAACUGUAGGUCGAGGGCGUGGGUGGCCACCAGUGGGCGCUGCUCGCCCAGCUGCUCGACGAUCGCCUCUGCGCGUCGCUGGAGGCCGUGCAGGCCCUGGUGCAGGCGUCGGAGGAGAGAGGUUGCUGCGCCGCAUAGACUGCGAGGCGCGCCAGUGGCGCACGAGCCCUCCGCAGGGCCCCGUGCCAGCGGCUGGCCGGGAGGCCGUGCCGCCCGAGGCCCUGCGCGCCCUCGCGCGGUCAGCGGAGGAGCGGUCGCUGCAACUCGUCGAGCGCGAGGCGCGGGAGAGGCGCGCCGCCCUGCGGCAGCUGGAGGAGCUGGUGGCGCAGCUCGGGGCCCACUGCGUGGCCACCGCGGAGCGGCAGGACCAGAGCCACGGGCAGCUGCUGGCGCUGGUGGAGGAGAGCUGGAGGCCUGCGGCCUGCGCGCGCCGGCGCAAGGCCCGUGCCGCGCCCGCGGGCCGCUGCGGGGGCGGGCGUGCGGCGCCGGCGCGGCAGCUCCCUGGUGCGCGCGGGAGGCGAGCGAGGGCAGCGCCAGGAGCAGCCCAAGCUGGCUGAGAUGGAGGACUCGUCGCCGGCCACGCCCACGUCGGCCACCACCACCAGCGGCUCCCCCGCCGAGGCGUCCUCUGAGACCACUGGGCUGUCGGUGCCGCUGCAGAGGCCACCGCUGCAGGCGUGGGGCUCCCCGCUGCAGGCUCUCGGGCUCGCCUUGCAGGUGGCGGCGCCCAAGCCGACCAGCGCCGACUAGUUGCCCGUUUCGCUUUGCGGGCAUGGAGACAUGGAGGAGGGAAGUGAGGCAGUGCACGAGGAGCAGCGGUGUCUGCCCAUGUCCCCGUCCAGCGUUGGGAGGUGGCUCUGGCUGCUCGCGCCCCAAAGGGGGAACCGUGCACGCUCGUCCGUGGCCGAAGCUCCAGACCUUCCCCACC